UUUGUCAAUAAAGCCGUACGUCGGCGCAAGAAAAGUUCGCAGCCAAAAGAGCUUCUUCCGCAGGGUUUGGACAACUUGGCAGCGCACGCUGGGAACACAGUAAGUUACACAAAGUUUGUACGAACAGUGGCUACAAACAGACUCUUUUUUUUCUUUUUUUUGUCAAGUUCUUUGCGGACUCUUCGCACCUCUCUGUUACGGUGAGAAGCUACCCGAAAUGGACGUGGGCUCCAAACUCGCCGAACUGGACCUAACGCGCGAGGAGGUGGAGCGCCUGAGCCGCGCCUUCCGGGACGAGCGGUUCCGCGCGCUGCUGCGCGAGUACGCGGACGAAAUCGCGUGCCCCGAAAACCGCAGGAGGUAUGAGCAGGAACUCAAGCAGCUGGAGCAGGAGAGGGGGGUGGACGUCACGUUCGUUCACCCCACGCCGCAGAGGGUUCUCAAGACGAGCGUGGACGGCAAGCGGAAGUGCUUCAUCAACGUGUGCACGAACGAGCUCGUGCGCAAGCCCGAGGGCUCGCGCGGCCGCGGCUCGGCAGGUGAGCUGGGCUGCCACUGGUCGCUGCCCUACAGUCUGAGCCCCGGCAGGGAGCACGUGGACUCCAAAGGCUGCGUGUACACCGUGUAUGACGUCAUCUUCCACCCGGACACGCUGCACAUGGCGUGGAAGAACGAGCGCUUCAUGGGGCUGGUCGACAGCACGGCGCUGCAGGGGGUCCAAAGCCAAUUCGGCGUCCGGCUGGACGAGAACAACGUGAAGGUAUUGAAGAUCAAGUACAAGGGGGUGCCGAACCCAAGCGUCAUCCGCAAGCCAAUGCCCGGAUGGACGGCGGGAGUGCGAGAGGCCGACGAGAACGACCCGCUCCGUUUCCCUUAUCCGCGUGACAGCGAGCGCCUAGAGAGCGCCAGGUCCGAGGCGGUCGACAAACAUGGCGGCCGGCCCGACUCCGGUGAACCUGGAAGGUCGACCAAGCCGCGCUACACCAUCAAGUACAGAUCCUACAUCGAUCUGCAAGACUACACGUGCGCACGGGACUCAGCCUCCGGCCCGCGUCCCAAAGAGAUGGUGGUUACUAUUGACCUGCCGCUGCUCAAAUCUGCCGGGGACGCUGAUCUGAACGUGACCGAGAGACGCCUGCUCCUGCAGUCGCAGAGCCCAGCCUACAGGCUGGAGCUUCCUCUGCCGUACCCCGUGGACGAGAACAAGGGGCAGGCCAAGUUCAGUAAACCCAAGGGGCAGCUAACUGUCACUCUACCGGUGUUGCCUCUGCAAAGGCCACUCCUGGAUGAGGUUCAGGCCCCGCAACUCGCUGGCGAUGCAGGGGGUCAGGACAGCAUUGAUGCCGAUGAGGCUGAGGAGGGUGAAUGUGAAGGUGAGCAUUGCGAGCUUGCUGGCGUCUCAGAACCUUCUACUUUGCACAAGCAAAGUACCACAAAACCCUCUGCUAAGGACGACACCACAGCAUGUGACCCGCCAAAAGAGCAGGAUUCCUCAUCUGGACAUGGAGAGGACACUGAGGUUGCAGCUGGUGGUGAUGGAGGAGCUGGAGAAGAGCAUCUCAAGUUUCCAAACAGCAACGGGUCAGACAAGCAAGCUGAGAGUACAAGGGGCAAACGGGUGUCUUGGCGCGAUGAGAAGAAAAGUAACGAGAUCGUGCCCUCGGAGGAGGAUUCAAAAGACAGGGAGCAGGCUGGUGCCCCACAUCAGACUGUGGACACGUGGGUGGGUGGGGAAGUGAGACCCUUAUUGGGGACACCCCCUUAUGUGGGGACACAUAGGAGGAAGGGAAACUCGGCUGAUUCCCUGCAGGUGGACGAGGCAGCGCCGUGCCCAAAACCUGAGCUGAUAGGUGGUGAAGGUCAAAGCCCCCUUGUCCUCCAGGAUCCACUUGGACCACCAAGUGGUGUAGAGCACGAAGACGUCAACGUUCCAUGUGCGCAGCCGUGUGCAACGAAAAGCCAAGGAGGCCAUAAACUCGAAGAGAUGAGCCAGGAUGUGGGAGAGCCGGAGGGACGUGAGUUGGACGAGGACGACCUGCCCAACGAGCACAGCUCCGUGAACCUGGAUGAGAAGCACACAGCAGUCGUCCUCAGAGAGAUCAACCCUCAAGAUGGGCAAGUGGAGGUCAUCAGUGACCACACCACCUCAGCGGGCAUCUCCUUUGACAACUCCCUGUUGUAUGAGCUGGACUGACGCGAGCCCAUGUUGUACUGGUGCACAUACAAAGGCUUUAUUCUCAGCUGUAAAACACAGACAGCAGGUGGCCUGGUGGUUAGAGCCUUUGUAAGUCACAUUUUGACAAAAGUGUGAG